UUUUAGCUUUAAAGGGGAUGCAUAUUACCUAGCACAUCGUUUAUGUUCGAUUAUUCUCCGCCUUUGAUUUACACUAUUAAUAUCUUAAUCAUUUACUAAUCAACAGGCAGAUUAGUCCAUGUGAGGCUAUAUCGUUAACAUAGUAAAAUUCAAAUAAAUAAACAAAGACGUUAGUAUCUAAUUUUCCUGAUUUUUUAAAGAAAAUGUUGGACUUAAUUGCUAAAUCAGUAUUGAUGUUAUUUCUUCAUGGACGUCUUACAAGUGCAGCGUUCCCGACUCAAGACUGCAGCUACAAUGUUAACAAUUUUCAUUUAGCUGAUAAGGAAAAUAGAUGUGUAUAUUACCUCUGUAAGAGAACUGCGUGGGUUGCCAUGACAUGCCACAGGGGACACGGAUCUGUUAAGAAGGGCUACCAAACAAUGUAUUCUAAAAGGCCGACAAGGUUGAAUCUUUGCAGGGGUGGUUUCGGGAUCUGUAGUCCCAAAAGCGCAGCAGAAAUUAAAAAACAAACACCGAGGCCUACAUUUAUACCGAAUACAUUGCCCCCGUGUUUCGACUUGAGAGAGGAGUGUAACAUUCAAGAACAAUGCUGUCCAGAUUUGAACUGUUUCGGUGGAACUUGUUGUCGACCACAAGGCGGACGUUGUGAAUCCGAUGCCGACUGUUGCCAGACACAGCCAGAUCAACCCACGGUGUGUGGUCCUGAAAAAACUUGCAUGUCUGUAAUAUGUGUCUAUCCGUCCCCGCCCGACCAUGGAUCGAUUGGGUCCCCAAGUGCUCCAAAUGUUGAUGGGACGUUUCUCCCAGGUCAAACAGUAACAUUUAGAUGUGACCAAUGCUAUUCAAUCGAUCCCAACGAUGAUGGGGUUACUGAUAAUAAUGUCAAAUGCAAGCCAGAUGGCACGUUGGAUGACCCUGUUCCAACUUGUUCAGAACUCCAAUGCGAUCUGGCGGAAGCGCCUGAGAAUGGAUCAAGGUUCCCACCGGAAGGUCCUGAUGUGUGCGGAGCUGAUGUCACAUUUAGAUGCGACAAUGGUUUUAUACCGGGAGGCAAUAAAGUUGAUUUAGUGAGUUGUGUCCAGAAAGGAAAUACAGUUGAAUGGGACAACGAUCCUAUGACUUGUGUUCAAGAUAAGGUAUGUAGCACCUUAAAUGAGGGAUGUGGAAAUGGAGACGAGGAAUGUUGUGCUGCGGACCAAUUGAAAUGCUCUCUUGAAAAGAGAUGUUGUCGAGAUAGAACUGGAAUAUGUGGAGACGAUAGUGACUGCUGCAGAGGUCUGGUGUGUAGUGACGAAAAUGGGUGUCAGCCUCCUAUCGAGAUUAUUUGUGAAGACCCACAAGAUAUUGUGUUUGCUGUGGACACUUCAUGCUCAAUCGCUACUCAAGACAAAGACAGGAUUCGCUCCUUUAUGGUGGAAAUGGCCCGAGCUUUUGAUCUCAGCACUGAUCCAGACGAUGGUGUACAGAUGGCUGCAUUGACAUUUAACGAUGGAUAUCGAGAUGUUGCCUGGCUAAAGGACGCCGAAAAUCCUGAAAAGCUUAUUAAAGACAUUGAAAACAUGGGGCUUAACGUUGAAAAAGAAGAGGGUUGCAAAACGCAUACUUUUGCUGCACUAGCUGCAGUCAAGAAUCACUAUUUUACUGCUGCUAACGGAGACAGACCAAAUGCUGUGAAUAAAGUUAUAUUGUUGUCAGAUGGUGUCACAAAGCCUGGUGGAAAGCAGAGCGAGACAUUCAAGAAUGCAGCUGCCCUUAGAGAAGUCGCCGAGAUCAUUGUAGUAGGUUUACCACAGGGUUGUGAGGAAGGCAAGAAAAAAUGUCAACCUAAAGUCAUAGGUCAAGAAGAAUGGUUGGGUAUCUCGGGAGCUAACGAAAACCCAGAAUUAAUGAUGAAUAUAUUGAACACUGACUUCGCGAAACUUCGGGAAACAAUUGGAAACAUUGGGAAAUCGAUCUGUGGUGAAAAUGCUGUGAUUGAAAACUAACUUAAAAUUUAAUAUAAAUUUAAGGAUUUUAUUUGUUCUGUUUUACGUGUCUAAUGUCAGUUAAAAUAUAGAAUAAAUAAUUGAUAUUAC